AUGGAAUCCUGUGGUUCUACCUCGUCCACCUUCCCGGUCGACACGUCCCUCUCGCUGGCCAUCCAUGUCGAGGACGAGAAGCUAGGGCAAAAGACCCCGACGGCGUCGUCCCACACGCCGUCAUCGGCGUCCAAGAGGGUGCAGGAGGUGUCCCUCCCGCCCACGUUCACCUGUAAGUUUUGCCCCCGCUCCUUCGGAACAGCCCGGGCGCUGGGCGGGCACCAGAAGGCGCACAGCACGCUCCAACGCGCGCGGCGCAACAGCCGGAAGGCGCACAUGAGCCGUCGUCCCGCUUGGUACUCGGUCGCCAGCGUCCUGCGCACCGCGUGCCUCCACGCUCGGCCCUUCGACGCAUGGCACACCCACUACGACCACCCCGUCCCGCUUUCAAUCCCAUGGCAAACCGGGACCGGCCCUGGAGGUCUUGCUCCCGCUCAACCGUCAUCUGCGGUGCUGGGCAAUGGAUACGGCGGCAAUGGAGAAGGGGGUCAUCUUGGACGCCAGCAAGGCGUGAGUGAAGUGAAUCAGGAGGAGACGCCCAACGGGAUUGAUCUAACCCUGAAGCUCUAG